AUGGCAGCUGAUAUAAGAAUCCUAGAGCUUUUAAUAAAUUUGAAAGAACAUCCUGAUAUCGCAUAUCGAUAUGCGAGUAAAUUUAUUAAUACACAUGAAAUUGCUCAGCAAUAUAAAGAAAGAAACAACCAUCUUGACAUAUAUGGUUCCAAUCCUGUUAUUAGUGCUGAAAUUCCAGUUGACAUAACAGCAAGUCACAGAUCAAAAAGACGGAAAACUGGCCAGGAAACAUAUACUACAUACAAUUAA